AUGCGAAGUGAAUACGAUGCCAUUCUUAAAUUUCCUUUCAAUUACAAGGUAACAUUUUGUUUAUACGAUCAAACUACAGCACAACGACAUAUUAUUGAUUCAUUUCGACCGGACAUCAAAUCAAAUAGUUUUCAACGUCCAAGAUCUGAAAUGAAUAUUGCAAGUGGUAUUCCAAAGUUUUGCUCUUUGUCAACAAUUCAACAAGAAGGAAAUACUUAUGUUCGAGAUGAUACAAUGUUCAUCAAAAUUAUGGUUGAUUUUGUUGAUACGCCAAAAACAUUAUUGCCAUUUGCAUUAAAUAUUAAUCCAGGAUUUCCAGUGAGUAUUCAACAAGCAAUGAUUAAACAGGAAGCAGAAAAACGGGCUCAACAAACUUCCACUCCACCGGCUACUUAA